AUGAAGUGCUCGGGAGUGGUAGAGAAGUAUGAGAAGAUGGUGAAGGAUAUGUACAAAAACAACGCAACAGCAGUAAGGUGUGCUGCAGGAAUGACGGAGGGUUUCGGAGUGGAGGUGGAACUGCACCAGGGAUCGGCUUUGAGACCCUUCCUGUUUGCAGUAGUGAUGGACAGACUGACUGAUGAAGUCAGACAGGAAUCCCCACGAACUAUGAUGUUCGCAGACGACGUAGUGAUCUAUUGCGAAAACCGGAAAGAGGUGGAGACAGAGUUAGAGAGGUGGAGAUAUGCACUGGAGAGAAGGGGAUUGAAAGUGAGCAGGACCAAGACUGAGUACAUGUGUCUCAACGGAGGUGAUGGGGAGACAAUAAGGCUACAAGAUGUGCAAAUGACAAAGGCUGACGAAUUUAGAUAUUUGGGGUCCACAGUACAAAGUAAUGGAGACUGUGGUAGGGAGGUAAAGAAGAAAGUGCAAGCGGGAUGGAAUGGGUGGAGGAAAACGGCAGCAGUGACAUGUGACAGAAAGGUUUCCGCAAGAACAAAGGGAAAGAUUUAUAAAACAGUAGUAAGACCCGCCAUGCUGUACGGUAUGGAAACAGUACCACUAACGAAAAAGCAGGAAGCGGAGUUGGAAGUAGCGGAAUUGAAGAUGUUGCGAUUUGCUCUUGGAGUGACGAGGAUGGAUAAAAUCAGAAAUGAUUACAUCAGAGGAACAACAAACGUACGUCGGUUUGGUGACAAAGCAAGGGAGGCUAGGCUGAGGUGUUUUGGACAUAUCAGGAGGAGUGACGAGGGGUAUGUGGGGAUGAGGAUGCUUGACAUGGAUCUACCUGGCAGGAGGAAGAGAGGGAGACCAAAGAGAAGGUUUAUGGAUGCUGUGAAGGGAGACAUGCAAAUGGUGGGCGUGACAGAGGAAGGGGCAGAAGAUCGAGCGCACUGGAGAAGAGUGAUCCGCAGUGGCUACCCCUAA